UGGGCCGUGGUCCAUAUGGAUGGGGAUGGAUAUAUUAGCAAGGUGAUGGGUAGGCCCUAGAGCACCAUAAGCCCACGGCUAAAUCACGAUGUCUAGACAGAGUCACGGCGGAUCCUACGGUGAAAUAGAAAUUAAUUCUUCGUUAUUAAAUGUCGGAUUCUAAAAGACUGUUUUCUCAAUCAAGCCUAUUUCCAGAUUCAAGUCCACGGAAAAUCUCCUCCGCGGUAUCUGAUCUCCCGUUCCUCAGAGAACAUAAAUGGCUCCGGUCGCCGUUAACGAAGUUAUCCCGGAAGGAAGUUUGUCCUACUUUGAUGAGCAGGAUAAGCUUCAGACGGUGUCAAUCCAUUCGCUUGCGAAGGGUAAAAAGGUCAUUCUAUUCGCCGUUCCAGGAGCCUUCACUCCCACUUGCAGCAUGAAGCAUGUGCCUGGGUUUAUUGAGAAAGCCGACGAGUUAAUCUCCAAGGGCGUUGACGAGAUUCUCUGUCUUAGUGUGAAUGACCCCUUUGUGAUGAAAGCAUGGGCAAAGACUUACCCAAACAACAAACAUGUCAAGUUCUUAGCCGAUGGAUCUGGCAUCUACACCCAUGCUCUGGGCCUUGAGCUUGACCUCUCAGAGAAAGGGCUCGGCGUUCGAUCUAAAAGGUUUGCACUUUUGGUUGAUGAUCUCACAGUUAAAGUUGCCAAUAUUGAAUCCGGUGGAGAAUUCACUGUCUCUGGUGCUGAGGAAAUCCUUAAGGCUCUCUAGAUGAGCGUCUACUCAAGCAUCUUGUUCCGCGAGUAUUUCCCUUUUAAUUUUCACCUUUUCUGUGUUUUGUAUGAACGGUUUUCACCUACCGGUCUUUUGGAAAUAAAAUGUCUUCUAAUCCCUCAAAAUGCUACCUUCGGUUGUCGAAUACUAGAAUGAGAUGGAUCGAUGUGGAUAACAUCAACAGACAACUCAGACAAUACCAACCUAUUUCAAAGUCUUCUAUGGUUCGGGUGUGGGGGCAAUCUGUAAGGCACACCAAGAUGCUUAGUGAUCAUGGAAAAUUCUGAUGUUUUAUGAACACUCACUUGACACAAAAUCAGCAUUAUAUAUCCUAUUCACACGAGCUUUAGCUAGAACAAACCAAGUAGAAAUUACCAAAAUACUACUACCUUUGUCCUAUUCACACAAGUUCAAGUAUAUUUUGAGAACUAAUUUUAAUAGAUAUAUAAUAUAAUGAGGUUAGCGUUGAUAAUUGUGAUGUUAUAAAUGUAUUAUUUUUAAUAUUUAAUGAUUAAUUUAUCAUUUAAGCUUGUUAA